AUGUCAGCAGAGUACGAUAUGUGGGACAAAUUUAUUGAAGCCCAAUUGAAUUUGGUUUUGUUUCUUAAUUCAGAGGCCGAUAUUAUCGAGGAAGAACAAAAGAAAAAACAAAAAGAACAAGAUGCACAGAGGUUAAAAGCUUCAAAACUUUGGUUUGAAGAGUUCAUGACCAAGUUUGAGUUUGCCGAGGAACAAUCAAUCCUACACUGUACCUUACCAGAAGACAAGAAAGACAAGAAAGACAAAUCACUUUGA